AUGACGUCAUGCACAAACAGCUGGUCGCUGGCAAAAAGAGACAGAGAGAGAGAGAGAGCGGAAAAAAUCUGAAGAAAUGUAGACCAGCAGAGCGACGGAGAACCGCAGCCGGGCUGGAGCCCCCCUCACCACCGCUUAGCUUUUAACGAUGUGGCAGCUGGAGCGCCCGGGCCCCGGAUGUAGCCCUCCGAGGCUCCUCUUGCUUGUUUACAGCUUCUUCUGCGCAGCUGGAGAUUGCCUUUUUGUGACUGAUUAUUUCACCCGCACGCCUCGUAAGCUGAACGCUUUCAACUCCUUCGCCAGUGUGGAACUGUUCCACUUCAAUGUGCCUGAAGACACAAUGAUGGCCGUCUGGAACCUCAUCACCUUCAAGGAGCAAGGGGGCACGUUUGGGGACAGCUGCCCGAACCGCAACGUGACAGUGUACUUCAGGUCUGGGGCUCCACCUGUAAUCAACCCCCUCCACACCCACUUCCCUCGAGAUACAGUCAUCCCAGGAUCCUUUGCGGUGACGCUCACCUGGACUCUGCCAAACCGAACAACAGGAGCGUUCAACGUGACCAGCCCUCUCCCUGGAGACUGGUUCCUAGCUGCACAUUUACCCAAGGAUGAAGGGAAGAUUUCCGUCAAGGGUCUGUCUGAGGAGUGCCAGUAUCUGUUCCAGCCUCAGCUCAUCGUCCAGAAGCUGAUUGGAAUUUCCGUGCUUUAUCCCGGUUACUUCAUCGACCAGAUGAUCCCAGUUCACAACAGAUCAGCGCUCUACAAGGUAUUUGUCCCGAAUUACAUAUCGAAGGUGAAGGUUCAGCUGGUAAACUGCAGCACCAAGAACAAAAGUAACGACACCUGUCCUGUGGUGUUGAAGAUAAGAGCGCGGGCGCCACCGGUGCAUAAUUCAAGUGCCCUCGACUGCAGGGAGUGGAACCCGUGUGAAUUACUCGCCCUUGUUCCUGCCUGGGAGCAGUGGUACUACAUCCUGGUGGAGAGGUAUCUGAGUAACUCAGACGUCUACUUUCGCAUCGGGGUGCAAGUCACAGAUUGUUCCAAGUCUCAUUUGUCAAAGGACCGAGCUCAGCCCAGCUCCUCCAUGAACAUGCCGCAGUCUUUCGGAACGGCCAUGGGUUUCUCGCUGUCUGAGACGCUGCUAAUGGCGUCCCUGCCAGGGCUGUCUCAGAACGCCAGUCCCCUCCACACUUCAGAGGACAGCAUCAUUUACCUCGCCCCAACCGCAGACACUAACAAAUGCUGGCCCAUCCGUCCAACCCUGCGUAAUGAGCUGGACACGUUCUCCGUGCACUUCUACGUCUUCUUUGGUCCGAAUAUAUCAGUUCCUCCAGACAGGGCUGCUGUGUUCGCCAUUAACCUGAUGCCUGUUUUAGACAGUGGAGGAGUCCUCAACAUGGAGCUCAAACUAAACUUGUCUACGCUGAAAGGAGCUAAUCUCACUGUGUUUGGCUGCCUUAACCACGGAAUGCCUCUGUUCUUGCGGGAAAACUCAUCGCCGAAGUGUGAAUCAGAGUCGGCGGCCGGGUUCUUCCUCUCUGUGAACGUGUCUUCUAAUAUGACCAAACUGAGGAUUCCCUACCCACAAACAGGAACUUGGUACCUCGGUCUGCGCUCUCUAUGUGCCACUGAACACGGAUUUGAAGCGUGCACCAACGUGACGGUUGAGGUGUACAUGCGCUCUUACCUGACUCCAUGCAUCAACGACUGUGGGACGUAUGGACAGUGCAAGCUCCUGCGCACCAACAACUACCUUUAUGCUGCGUGUGAAUGCAAAGCAGGCUGGAACGGCUGGGGAUGCACCGAUAACUCCGAAGCCUACUCCUACAGCUUCCAGCUCCUCUCCACGCUUCUGCUCUGCCUCAGUAACCUGAUGUUUGUCCCGCCGGUGGCCAUCGCCAUCCGGAGCCACUACCUGCUGGAGGCUUCCGUCUACAUCUUCACCAUGUUCUUCUCCACCUUCUACCAUGCUUGUGACCAGCCGGGUAUCGUGGUGUUUUGUAUCAUGGAGUACGACGUCCUGCAGUUCUGUGACUUCCUCGGGUCGCUCAUGUCGGUGUGGGUCACCGUGAUCGCCAUGGCGAGGCUGAAGUCCAUCAUCAAGCAGGUGUUGUAUCUGCUGGGAGCAAUGUCUCUGUCCAUGGCUCUGCAGCUGGACCGUCACGGUCUGUGGAACCUCCUGGGGCCGAGCCUGUUUGCGCUGGGCAUCAUGGCGGUGGCGUGGACGGUGCGGACCGUCCGGCGCCGGCGCUGCUACCCGCCCACCUGGAAACGCUGGCUCUUCUUCCUCUUCCCCGGCACCAUGAUCGCCACAUCCGCCAUGGCGCUGUACGCCUUUGUGGAGACAGAGGAGAACUAUUUCUACAUCCACAGCAUCUGGCACAUGCUGAUCGCCGGCAGCGUGGGUUUCCUUUUGCCCCCUCGCUCCAAGCCCGACGCCAAGGUCACCCCGCUGAAGCGCAAGCGGGGCUGUGGCUACCAGCUGUGCGUGAACGAACAUGAGGAGCUGGGCUUGGUGGAUCCAGCCAUCAUCUCCAUCAACAGCAUCUGUACCAGCUGAUAAACUUUUGUUUUUUUUAUCUUUAGAGACACUCCAUUGCCUUCCUUUACUUGGGAAGUUCACUCACGGGAAAUUAAGCCACAGAACUUUAAAGGAGCAACACGAAACAACAGAAAGCUGUGUAAAUACUUCAGUCCUCUCUAGAAUUAGUUUUUCUGUAAUGGUCAUAGUAAUUAUGAUCAGUAUGUAUAAUUAUUAUCUAUAGUUCCAGUUCUGACAAGUCGUGGGUGUAUACUGACACGUGUUGUUUGUGAAUAUGUAUUUAAGUCAAGCUGAAACACUGCUGCUAUCUGACGGUGACUGUAAAGCUGCUUCUGUUGGUUAUUUAUUCUGGGUCUUGUAGGCGGGCCGGUUGCUCAACGGACGGACUUUUACCGAGGGCACGGCUCUUCCUGAAACUCUUUUGAGAUUAUCUUUUGCACUGAGACACAAAAAUGUAAUUCUGUACAUUUUUACAACAGGAGCAGGCACCACUAAUGUAAAAACCUAGUCGUCAUGUGGAAUGUUAGAUCGUAUUUGGCAAUGUACACGAAUGUGCUGAUGGGGGGGGGGGCAGCUCCAGAGCUCCUGCAGGAGAAUGCAGGGAGGUGGGAACACUUCAAGAGACCUCAAACCAAGACCUCACCUCCCUGCUCUUGUCUGACAGGACCUGUGAGGCGCCACCUUCAUGAACAAUAAAUGUUUCCUUUCCUUUUGGGCUCGGCA